CCUGAUUCUGGGUGAGAUGAUAAGCUUAUGUGGGACUUGUUUCAUAAUCAGCCAUCACUCAACUAAUUUGCAUCAGACAUUCUUCCUAGCUGAAUGUGUUGGGCUGGUUGCCAAAGCCCUUGAUGCACGGAGUGAAGAUGUAGCAACGCACGGUGUAGGCCUCGAUGAUGCUAGCAUUGGUCUGGAGCACUUGCUCCCCUUGGUUCUCGGUCAAAACUACCGAAAAAGAAUCUGCCACCUCAAAAGACGAGUCAUGUCAAACACAGGUAGGUGUGAACCCAUCAUGGAGCGAAAACAUCCCUAGGAACAUCUUAGCCUGUUGGGGAUGGUUUCCGAAUGUAACUUGUGUUAGAUUCAAAGGCGUACGACUGAUAAACUAUAGUGCAUGUUGUAACGCCACAACCACUGGCCCGAGGGGGCGCGGCUUUGCUCCAGACAGAGUGGCCACAUUGGUGAUGAAGCUCGCUUGAUCUUGGACUCUGGCCAUGCCAAAGGGAGCAUGAAAAAAGAAUACAGCAGACUACGUAGCUUUCUACCAAUU